AUGUUACAAAGAAUGCGAGAUAAAUUCCGUCAUCUGGAAUGGGUCAUUCUGGAUGAAGUGUCGAUGAUUUCCUACGAGGUUUUUAGGCAAAUAGAUCAGCGUCUUCGUGAUUGUUUCGAUUCUGAGAUAGCUUUUGGAGGAAAGAACAUAAUUUGCGUCGGUGAUCUUUUCCAGUUAGAACCAGUCAACGGACAUUGCAUUUACGAGACACCUCAAUUGUUUCUCGGAGAGGAGAACAUUUGGCACACUUUCGACUUUCGAGAAUUGCUGAUAAAUAUGCCUCAGGGAAGAGAUCCGCUACUACAAAUUUGUAACAAUCUCCGGGAAGGAAAUCUUACAACAGAAGAUCUCGAGACCCUUAGAACCAGGGAAUUUACUGACAAUGAGUCGUCAUCUCCUCAGGUGAAGGAGAUGCAAGAGAAAUUUAGAGACGCCAUACGUAUUUACCCUACCCGAGCACAAACAACACAUCACAACCGUUUACGGACAAGACAAAUCCUUAAUGAUCCUAGCAAGACCGUUUACAAAAUUCGGGCGAGAGACACAUUCAACUCAGGUGCAAAAUUAGGAUGCCAAGCUCCUCCAUCUCGAAGUUCAAGAGACAGUAAUAAGUGCGGUGGAUUUCUUCCAAACAUCGAGCUGGCCGUUGGCUCUAAAAUAAUGGUCAUCCGUAAUUCCACCACAAACCGGUACCUAGUCAAUGGGUCGAUGGGAACGAUUGUUGGGUUCACUUGGAAUAUGCUAGCUAGGGAACAGCAUCACAUAGGUGACCUGCCGGAAAGCGUACAGGUGAAAUUUGACGACCCAAGGAUUUGUGGAGGUACAGACGGUGUCUAUAGCUUGUGCCCUGAAGAAGUUGUCUACAACAACGGACGCGGCAGUGAGGAAAUUAGACGUAGGAUGCUUCCAAUCGUUCUUUGCUGGGCUGUUACUGUACAUAAAGUACAGGGAAUUACAGUAGACUUGGCUGUGGUGUAUCUUGGACCAGAAUUAUUUGCUCACGGACAGGCUUAUGUGGCGCUAAGUCGAGUGCGGACUCUAAACGGUGUAGCAAUUUUACAGCAGGAUGAUACAAAGUUGUGCAAGUCACCGAAUCCAAAGUUGGUGAAAGAGAUGGAACGGUUACGGGAAAAGUUAUCAAAUUAA